CCGGUUAGACGCUUGGCGUUACACCGAGUCUACAAAAAGUUUACAUCGACUAACAUCGCGAUGCGUUGCUGCGUGGCCGCGCUCUGGGUGUCGGCGCUGACGACUCUGGCUGUCGCCGCUCCGCCGGACGCCGCGCACGAGCCGCCGUCCGCGCAGAAUGACAACGAAUUAGAACUUACGGAAGAAGACAAGCGCGCGUGGACAAGUUUACACGGCGGGUGGGGCAAGCGGGGCUGGCAAGACCUAAACUCUGCGUGGGGCAAGCGUGCUUGGCAAGAUCUCAAUACUGCUUGGGGCAAGCGCGGUUGGCAAGAUCUCAAUUCUGCCUGGGGUAAAAGAGGCUGGCAAGACAUGAGCUCCGCUUGGGGCAAACGUGGUUGGCAAGACCUUAACUCUGCGUGGGGCAAACGAGCCUGGAAAGAUCUAAACACCGCUUGGGGCAAGCGCGCCUGGCAAGACCUGAACCCGGCUUGGGGCAAACGUGGCUGGCAAGACAUGAGCUCAGCGUGGGGUAAGAGGGGUUGGCAAGACAUGAGCUCGGCGUGGGGCAAGAGGGGACCCGAGAAAUGGGCGAACCUGCACGCGGCGUGGGGCAAACGAUCCGGACCCGAACCUGAUUACGAGGACUACGAAGCGGUCAUCGAACAACUCCUGCCCACACAGGACGGCGAGACGAUCCAAGUUCCCGAGAAGAAGGCGUGGCAGGCGCUGCACGGCGCUUGGGGCAAGCGUCCCGUCAAACAGGCGCAGUUUAACAGUGGAGCGUAUUACUGGAAGCGCGAGCCGGGCUGGACCAAUUUAAGAGGCAUGUGGGGCAAGAGAUCCGCGCCCUUCACUUUCGACGCGAUUGCCGCGCCCGACGCACCGGAAAACGAGGGCGGCGCGGGCGCAGGCGCGGGCGCGGGCGGCGGCGCGCGCGACGAGGCCUAGGCGACUGGCAACUUGUGCAAACGAAACUAACGUUGGGGGCCCGCCACGUCCGCUGCGCUGUUGUCCGCUUCAUUCACUGUUCACUCGACAUUAUAUUUAUAGACACAUAGUUGUUCGAUGCCGACUCCACUGUGCGCCAUGCGACACAGAAGUUCGUGGCGCCCCGCGGACUCGAUCGCGCCUACCACAAUCUAUGGAAUCAAUUAUUUUUGUACUUCGCGAUAAUUCUCUGCACUCCCAACCAGUGAACAGAAUUAUCAUUGGGCGUUUAGAGUUCCUAAUUUCGUCUCUCUUAAUUAAAUAUUUAAUAUAAUAUCAGAUAUAUCAAUUAUUAUACAUUUUAUACUGUUUAACGCUUGUACUCCGUUGAUUACGAACAAAUAUAGCUCUUACUGUCACCUUCUAGAGUUAACUACAGAGUAAGUUUAUUUACCAUUACUAAUUCUAGUGUAGCGUAGUGUUUGGGACGAUGUAACUACUGUAACAAAUGAAUUGCGACGUGGCGUGACUUUGUAUCGUGCUGCGUGACUUUGUGUGACUUCACGCUGUGACAUUGCAUGACGCGGCUAGAUUUAAUGUGAUGCAGUGUUACGUAACGUGAUGCAACGUGACGUGACGCGCAGGUAGAUAGGCUAAUGACGUGUUAAUGUAUUUUACUAGUCGAGUAAGGUUGGCUUCGCUGAAGUUGACAUUUGUCCAAU